AUGGCGGCGAGGACCAGGCCCCUCCCCAAGGACAAGGUCCCCGCAGCCCUUUCCGCCUUCCAGGAACAGCGCGGAGCCUGGACCGGCCCCGGAAAAACACAGGGCGUAGAAAGAGCUGAAAUAGAACGGGUUUGUCAAGUUCUCCGGCAGCUGGGCCCCAGCGACAGUGCCAAGUCCCGCCUCUCCACUCCGACCAGUGACACAAUCGGGGAUUUCCCCCUUCGCCUGUACCCCAACUAUCGUUUAAAGCCCAUGAGUGAGACGUCCCCUUUCCCCUCCCACCGCCCACCUGGCCAGGAGGACGCCGGACCUUGUAGUCCGCAGCGCGGUCCUUCUCCUGCCUGGCCCCGCGAAUGGUGCCCUAGUAAAACUACCAAUCCCAUAAGGCAAUGCGCGCUCCUCUUACGUCAACGCGAAAUCAGAGUCAACAAGGCCGGGCUGGAGUGGGCGGGGCCAGGGGGGCUCGGGAAUGGGGCUCAGUGGGCAGAGGAUUCGAAUCGCCAGAGAAGCGGGCACCGUCCAGCAGAGGAGGAAGUUUUCUGUCGAAUACAGGCAUUAAAAUACUCACUACCAAUAUUCCUUGGGAUUAUAAACAACCAACUGAGCGGGAGCAACUGUGGCCUUAGUUCCAGAACCUGUAGAUAAUGUUCUUUGGGAGCAAACAGAAAGACAAAUGUUUACUAGCAAACCCAUUUACUAAAAACAUUAAAAAGAAGAAGAGAAGUAACAUUUGUUGAGUGUCUCCAACAUGUAAUUCAGAAGUGAGGCUA